GACACUGCUUAUGUGUGGUUUAAACACUGCAUAAACAUGAUAAUUUGCCAGUGGACACCGCGCCGAUUAAAGGAGAGAGAAAUUACGUGAAAGUUCUAAAAUGCCCUUGGACCCACAAGCCAUAUCUUCCAUCUCUCUUCUCUCUAUCCCUAUCCGACACGGCUGAGGGGAUGACGGUGGCCGGCCGACGACUCCUCUUCACGCGUGCGGCUAGCCGGGAACUCCUCUCCCUGCGCAGCGCUAGCCGGCGAGGUCCUUCCCCCGCGUGUAGCCGGCCGACGACUCCUCUCCCCGGGCGCGACCGGCUAUCGAUCUCUUCCCCCCGCACAUGGUCGGCCGACAACUAUCCCCCCGCGCAUGGCUGGCCAGCGAGCUCCUCUCCCGCGCGCACCGACCAGGACCAGGACCAGGAUCUCCCCGCGCACGCGGCCGGUCGAGGAGCUCCCUCCCACCUCGCCGAAACCCACAGGACGCCCCACUGCUCCGCGCCACCAGAUCGGCAAGCGUUGUUGAUUAAUUUCAGCUGUGGCCCAAUGCAAGCCGAUUCUCUCGGAGCUGAUCGGGAGGACGAGUUAGUCUAGCAGGAGUUUGUUAGAGAUGCAAAUAAGUCGCGAAUCAGUUGACUGUGACCGAGUCGAGCGCUGGGAGUGGCGUGCGUGUGUGCGUGGAGUUCAGAAAAAGCGGAUCGUGGGAUGGCGCGAUUUUAGCCUUGGAUUCCAAAUUUAUUUGUUGAGUAUAAGUAGUUGUUUUAGCUCUUUAUUUCAGUUGUAAGGUUUACAUUCAGUUGAAUGAGAAAAACCCCAGAAAAUUGCCCCAUUCAUUCUCGCAAGAAUUCUUUCUCUGAAACUUCUCCUCUGCUCUGUUCGUUGUUGCCGCUGCAGUUCGUGCCGUGCCGGACGUGAACAGUCUGCCCGCAAGGUGUUUGAUCGGAGUUUUUUGCUACCGCCAACAAGCGUGAUGGCUCGUCGUCUUCUUCCCUCCAUUAAAUCGGCAGAUCAACUCAUCGGCUGCAUCUCUCAGUUCUCCAACCAAUUUCCCGAUUCAUCGAUCUCAUCGUUCGUUCGCUCUAGCUAUCGAGAGUGAUGGCGUGGUCUGUUCCCGAUGAUGGUGCUACUGCCGACCAUGCUGCUGCUGCGGCUGAGGCUCCCGGGCGACGGAUCGUGGUGGCCGUGGACGAGAGCGAGGAGAGCACGCACGCGCUCACCUGGUGCCUCGCCAAACGUCGUCUCCUCCUCCAGCGGCGACACGCUCGCCGCCCCCGCCCCGUCUACGCCAACAUGGACAGCUCAGGGUACAUGAUGACCUCGGACGUGAUGGCGAGCAUGGACAAGUACGCCGCCGUCUCCUUCCAGGUGCGACAGACAUGGGGCGGCGCCGGCGAUUGCAACGGCAUCGGGUGUGGGAGGAGGGGAUAGGGAGAUGGAAGAUAUGACAUGUCAGCCCAAGGGCAUUUUAGAACUUUCACGUGAUUUCUCCCUCUCCUCUAGCCAGAAAUUAUUUUUUAAUCGGCACGGUGUCCAC